CUUGUGUGUUGAAAAUAUUUUUUAUUUAAAUAAGUGGAUUGUUAAAAGAAAAAUGGUUGUUAUAUUUAUGUAUUGGAAAUAAUCUCAAAGUAGUUUUGUGUUGCAAUGAGUAGUCGACAGUACAAGUACAAUUACACUCCGAUUUUCACCGAAAAUGAAGAAAUACUACGAGAGUACAGUAAUGAGACAUCAUGGAGGUUUUGGAGGAAGCGGCGUCUUGUGGUCGCGCUGCUUGCGUUCUUUGGAUUCUUCAACGUGUACGCCUUGAGGGUCAACCUUUCUGUUGCGGUGGUAGCCAUGACGGAGCCGAUAGAGCAUGUUCUCGAUAAUGGAACGAUUGUUUAUGCGCCUGAGUUCGACUGGAGUUCUCAAACCAAGGGUUUAGUGCUGAGUUCCUUCUUCUACGGAUACAUCGUUACGCAGCUGCCCGGAGGAUGGCUGGCGGCUAAAAUAGGAGGUAACAGAAUGUUUGCGAUCGGCGUAGGCGCAACGUCUUUGCUGACUUUGUUCACACCGCCCCUCGCGCAUACGAGUACAACUCUGCUCGUCGCUGUUAGAGUCGUUGAAGGGUUGUUUGAGGGCGUGACAUACCCAUGUAUCCACGCGAUAUGGUCCCGUUGGGCGCCGAGUGACGAGCGCGCUCGUCUCGCGACGUUCGCAUUCAGCGGCAGUUACGUCGGCACAGUUGUGUCUAUGCCCAUUUGUUCACUCCUAGCGCACUAUACAGGAUGGCCUGGAAUCUUCUAUGUUUUCGGUAUAAUCGGUCUGGUGUACACUACCAUUUGGUGGCUCGUUGUCAAGGAAUCACCGGAAAAGGAUCCUCACAUCACAGCCGCUGAACUCAAAUAUAUUCAGGAUUCCCGCGGCACUCAAGCGGUGGAGGGGUCCAAGAUUCGACACCCGUGGCGUGCAAUGUUGACCUCUGGACCCGUCUGGGCCAUUGUGAUGGCCCAUUUCAGUGAGAAUUGGGGAUUUUAUACGUUAUUGACGUUUUUGCCCACAUUCAUGCAAGACGUUUUCAAAUUUGAGACGUCCCAGACGGGGUGGCUAUCUGCGGUGCCUUACCUGGCCAUGGCCAUCGUAUUGCAAGUGGCAGGGCACAUGGCGGACUGGCUGCUGCGCAUGCGCAUCAUGACGAGGAGCAAUAUACGGAAACUCUUCAAUUGCGGGGCUUUUCUGGCUCAGACGAUAUUCAUGGUGGCAGCUGCGUAUGCGACAAAUGUUCUUGGAUGUAUCGUGUGCCUCACUAUCGCUGUUGGUCUUGGAGGCUUCGCCUGGUCCGGGUUUAGCGUAAAUCACUUGGACAUAGCGCCACCUCACGCGAGUGUGCUCAUGGGACUGUCGAACACAAUCGCCACUUUGCCCGGCAUUGUCAGUCCACCGUUAGCCGGAUCUAUCGUUACUGAUAAGACUGCAGAACAAUGGCGGAUAGUUUUCUUCAUAUCGAGCGCUAUCUAUCUAAUUGGUGCAAUAGUUUACUACAUUUUCUGCUCGGCGGAGAGGCAACCGUGGGUCGUGGAGUUCGAUAAUGACGCAAGUUUUGAUACAGACGCAGCAUCCGUCACCACAGCAAGAGGCAUCGACAAUAAGGCUUUAGAUAAUUCGGAGAUUUAAGACUUAUUAUCCAUUUUAGGUAUUUGAAUUAAUAACAGUACUGUAUAAUCAGUAAUACAUACAAGAACGUACUAUUAAAAAUGUACGUUUUAAAUCAAGUACCGAUGGUAUUAUUAAUCAUAGGAGAAAAUAAUGUGAAACCCUAAAAAAGGAUUAUUUUUAUUGUCCGUUUAAGAUCAUUGGACUAAGGCCCGUAUUUGAGCGUCAAUCUUGGUUCUAGUUUCAGGAGCUGUCAAACUGUUUUUGUAUCAAGUUUGACAUAAUUGACAGCUCUCAAGAUGAGAUUCUGACAAUAUGAGAUUUGAUGCGUUGCAGCUUAUAUAAAAGGUCAUUAAAAAUGUCUAGUCUAAGGGUGUGAAACGACACUUAAGUAUGUCUCACGAAUGUCAAACAAUGUAUUGGAUUUUGAGUGUCGUUUCUGAAUCUCUUUUGUAAGCCCUCAAAAUUUAUAGAAAUAGUAAUUCGAUCUUACAUAAUUUUUUUUUUAAUUAUGGCACUAGCCGAUUAAAUGUGAGGUAUUUUAUGCCUGGAUACAAGUCAAUUGGACAAAAUCUUUAAAAAAAAAAUUAUAGCAGUUUUGCCAACUAUAUCCUCGAAUAAUUGUUGCUUUGCUUUGCGAAUGUUCGAUAGUUUUUCUCUACUGAUUAAUAAUUUUAAGGGUUUGAUACCCUAGAAAAUUUGGCACAAAAUUUUGACUUUCGUAAAUCAAAACAGACACACGAAAAUGUCUGUAGCGUCAACAAAAUUUAAGUAUUAAAUAUUUUUAGAUUUAUUUUCAUUUACUGUCAACGUUCUUUUUGAAGUUAUACUUCUUUUGGCGCAUUAGGGAAAAAUGAUUGAAGUAAAUUUUUACGAUGCGCGCGCACAGCGUCACAAAAAACCGACACUUUUUUACUUGUUUAGACCGAUUUUAGUUGUAAAAAAAAGUUACCAACAAAGUAAAAGUAAGGCAUCUGUGUAUAGUGUUUGGAUGAGAACUGACACGAUAUUUAAGGCAAAUGAUAUAAUUUUUAAAAAGAUAUGUAUCUUGUUACGCCAAAGAAGUAUAACUUCUAACGAGUGUACGUACGUACUUCCACGUUUUUUUAAUAUUAAGAUAAAAAUCUUUUUUGCUCAAAUAAUUACACAAUUAUUUUUAGCUUUGCGACGUUAAAAUGUUAUUAGUAUGUCUUAAAACUGUAUAAAUAAGGCUUCGGAAUUAAACAGUUUUAGUAAUGUUUAAGAAUCCAUCCAUAUUAUUAUUAGUAUAUUUAUUAUAUGCAGACCUCACGAAUAAAAAAAAUCACUGUAAACCUUAGAUAGGUUUCUUGAAUACAAAAAUAAUUAUCAAAAUCGCUCCAGUCUAUGUGUUUACAUACACACGCACAAAUAUGUAAAAAUGGAAAAUUAUGUAUGAUUGUUUAUGUUAUUGCGGUUCGCUUGCGGCGCCUUUAUAAAUACUUGUAUCAUGUUAAAAAACUUAAUUACAACAUUGAGCUUUUUUAAAGAACUUGUGUGUUCUGCCAUCUAUUGACACAUAAUUCAUUUUAUAAUUCCAACAUAAAUUACGCAUUUUAUGCCUUGCAUAAUGGCUAUAUGUGUAUCUUAGUGUAAAUAAGAAUUAUUAUGUUGUCAUGUGUGUAUAUUUGAUUUCUUACUGUGAUUAUUAAAUAUAUAAACCAUU